UUCAAGCCCGGCCAACUAGGACAGGCUGACGACUACGAUAUGACAUCACACAACAGCCCCUUCAUCUCUCUCCCGAGAAAGACGACGGGAGAGACGGACUUUGCGACCCCCAUCCGCCAGACUAUCGGUCAGGUCUAUGGGGAACGUCCUGAUGGAUAUGCCGAGGACAUUGGCUCGUUGACGAGAUGUAGGGGAGAUGCGGUCAAGGGAGCCGGGAGUGAUGUGACGGCUCGAGAUCUCUUGUUCAAGUACUUUGGCCAACUAGAACUCUUGGAACUGCGAUUCGCCGAGACCAAGAUCUCGUUCACCUGGAACGAUGCUUAUACACACAAGCCGACUACUCAGACCUCGCUGGCUUUCGAAAAGGCUUCCAUCCUACAUCUCCUAUCCUCCGUCCUCUCACACCUCGGGGCCACCUCGCCUCGAACCUCCCCCGAAGGCGUCAAACGAGCCUAUGCAGCUCUACGACAAGCCGCAGGCUUGCUCAACUUUAUCAAUGAAAACUUCUUGCACGCCCCUUCGACCGAUCUCAGCCGAGAGGUCGUCUCCCUCUCUGCCAAGCUGAUGAUCGCUCAAGCGGGCGAGACGUUCUUGGAGAAAUGUAUAGGGGAGAAGAAGCCCUCUGCGCUGGUCUGUAAGAUGUGUCAGUCGGUCGCGCAGAGCUAUGCGGGGUUGCAGGAAGAUGCCAAGGAGUUUCAAGGCAAGGGAAUCCUGGAUCGGAACUGGGUCAACGUGUUUGCCAUCAAGGCCAAAUAUUUCGCUUCCCUCGCCCAGUGGUACCGCGCUGGGAUCGAUACCGGCAAGGGAGACCAUGGUCCCGGUCUGGUCCGCUACGGGAUGGCCCAGACGCUGGCCAAUGAAGCACACAAGCUAGCCAAAGAGUUCAACUACAGCUACACCCCUAGUUCGUCGACUGCAGCCUUGACGGGGAACGUUUCUUGGGGAGAAGAACCACCCGUGGCGCAUUCGACGUUGCCUUCUGACGCAGCUUCGGCUCUUUUGGAGAUUACGAAAGCCCACCUGGCCGUAACCACCGAGGCCAAGACGACCGCGGACAAGGACAAUGACCUCGUCUACCACGCCCUCGCGCCUUCGGAAUCCAGCUUGCCGGCCAUCGAGCCGUUGCCCAGUACAGGUCUUGCAGCACCGAUCACCAUUCAGGAGAUUUACGCUCAACCGGCCGUCUCGGGCUUGAUCGGGCCGGAUAUCUUUCGACGACUCGUUCCCCUAGAGGUGCAUGAAAAGGCCAGCGUGUAUUCCGAGGAAAAGGCCAAGUUGGUUCGAGCUGAACAGGAGCGGUGCGACAUCGGGGAGAGCGAGACCAGGGCAGGGUUGGACGAUCUGAGGGUCAGAGAGAGGAUCCACCGUUAUGUGGGUAUCCUCGAUGGUCCGAACAACGCACAGGGCGGGCAGGGUUCAGGGCUGCCAAGAGAGGUCGCCGGCUGGGCAGAGGAGAUUAGCAACCGGGAACGACGGGAUGGUCCGAUCGAGGACGUCUUUAGGAGGAACGAUCAGCGUCGCGACAAGGCGCAGGAAGAGCUCGACGCGAUGGCACGAGAAAUGGACGAGGAAAGCAGGGAAUGCGAACGGAUGCGAGCCAAACAUGGGCAUCUCUGGACCAUGUCCCCGUCUUCCUCGCAUAACAGGCAAUACAAGGAACAGGUCAAAUCUCACCUCGAUUCCCUGAAAUCUGCGGACAACUCUGACCGCACCAUCGCCGAUACCUGGAGUUCAAUCCAAUGGAGCGUCGACGUCCUACGUGGACCGCGGCAUAACUUGGAAAACAUGUACACCGAUGCGGCAGCUGGGAAAGACGCCAGUGCGAGGUUAAACUUGCUCGAUGUCGAUGUGGCUGAAGAAGAGCUGGAUGAUCGGGAGAGGGAGGAUUUGCAGGGAAUCAUCGGAGAGCUUCAGGAACGGGUUGAUCGAAUGGACAAGGUCCGAAGGGAGAGGGACGAGGUUUUGAAGGAUCUCAAGGAAAAGAUCCAGACCGACGACGUCUCCCACCUUUUGCUCCUGAACCGCCGUAGCCAAGGCGUCGAGCCGACCCUCUUUGCCGCCGAGCUCGAAAAGUUUUCGCCCUAUCAACAUCGCAUCUCGGCCGCCUUGGCAUCUCAGUCUGGGCUGCUUGACGAGAUGGCCGCUUUGAUCAAGCAAGCCGAGAACGGGCGGGGCGUGAGAGAUGCGCAAAGGAAAAUGGGUGGUGCGGCACAGAGGCGAGACGACCUAGACAGGAGGUUCCGGGCGGCUUAUGAGGGGUACAUGGACGCUAGGUCGAAUCUCGACAAGGGCAGUCACUUCUAUGACAACCUGACGACCCUGAUUGACAGCCUCCGCCGGAAUGUCCGGGGUUUCAUCUCCAGUCGCACGCAAGAACGCAAUCAAGCGAUUGGAACCAUUGAGUCCAGGCAGUCGGGAGGCUUGUCGCCUUCUCGGGCUAGCGACGGUCUCGAAUCUGCACUCAGCAACAUGUCUCUCUCGUCGCGACCACCUGCACCGCCUGCACAGUCGCCGUACGCUAGCCAAGCGUACAGUUCGCCGACGAGCAUGCGUCAGCAAGCUCCGCCUCCACCACCGCCUCCCGCCAGCAACCCGUACGACUUCGGUAGCUUCGGCAACCUGCCUUCGGCAUUCUCUGCGGAUGCUAGGCAAUCUUCCAUGUCACCGCCUUUGCCUCCACCUCCCCCAAAGAUGACUGGGGGUUCUAGCCCGUACAACUCGUACUCCAGCCAGCCUCCGGCGCAGCAGUAUGCGUCGUACUCGCAGACCCCCUCUUCUGCCUACCCAUCUUACCCGAGCAACACUGGAGCAUACCCACCGCCACCGCCCAAGCCAUCAUAUCCGUCCAGUUCGGCCGGAAACUAUGGGCCUCCUCCCCCCACCACCUACUCGACUUCGACGCCGUCGUAUCCGUCGUAUCCAGCUCCUCCGGCUCCAGGCCCACCUCAACAGCAGCCAUCGUACCCUUCGUACUCUGCGCCGGGCGCUCCGCCCCGACCUGGUUCCCAAGCGCCUUACGGACAGCAGUCCUACGGACAAGGCGUGUCUUUCCCCUCUCCCCCUACCCAUCCUCCUGGUGGAUACCCCUCGAGGCAAUAUUGAUGCGCCCGGCUAGCUGCCUUUAGUAAUGUGACAUUGCGGGUUGUGUAAAAGAACAAUUAAUAUCCGUUUGAAGUUUCGAUGCUCAUUUUCCUGUGUUCGAG